AUGGUGUACUGCGGCAAGCCCUCCAAGGCCUGUGAGCCCUGUCGGAUCCGACGCCUCAAAUGCGACAAACGGCGCCCCGGAUGUAGCCAGUGCCGCAAUGCCGGUCGCGUGUGCAGCGGCUAUCGCGCCGACAUCGAUGUCAACUUCCGAAACGUGACCGACGCCGUGGUGCUACGGUAUAGCAGCCAGAAUCCCUCAGAGUCAAGGCCCCCUGCCCAUCCCCCUCGCCAGACCUGGAUUCCCGCCCCCGAGGCGCAGCUGGUGGUGGACACGGCCCUCAACAUCGCCGUCACCCGCUUCCGCUCGCAGAAUACCGAGAGCAUCCUGGCCGAAUACGCCUUCCCUCUCCACGAUCGAUCCCAGUGCGCGCCCCUCCUCACGGCCUCGAUGCAAGCCGUCAGCCUCGCCUGCCUCGCCAACGAGCAGAAUCGCCCAGAUUUACUGACUCCCGCGCGCGAAAAGUACGGCGUGGCCCUGCAACGCCUCGGGCGCGGGCUGCAGGCCUCGCUGCGGUCCACCGGCCCCGGCCAGCUCCCUUUCAUCUUCUGCUCCGUCAUGUUGCUGGCUCAAUUUGCCGGACUCGUCUCUCGUUCCGGCGAAGGGCGCGUGGAAUGGUCCCGCCACGUCAACGGCGCCUUCUCCCUACUUGUCACCCGCGUCCUGCAGGGGCCUUCCCUCCUCACCGUCCCUGGCCAGAGCCUGUACCUCCAUCUAGUGAGCUGCCUUCUCCUGGACUGCAUCCAACGGAGAACCACUUUUUCCCCGCAGAUGCGAGCCAUCCUAUAUGCCCGUCGAUCUGAGGUUUCCGAGUUCCAACUCCGGUUCUGGGGCCUCAUGGACCGCAUGUGUAUCCUGCGGGCCGUGGAACCUCCCCACGACCAAUGCCAUCCAGCCUCAAGCACAUUUGACAACGCAUGGGAAGAUCUCGACCGGGAAGUCCUCCUCCUGAUGCAGAACAUGCCCCUCUCCUACUCCUACCAGUCCCCCCCACAGCCGAAUCACCUGGCGAGGAAUCCAAGCCCCGUGAUCCUCCCUACGACGUCUACGCCACCUACCGAACGUCUGCUGGACCAGACCUUGGCGCAGUUGGAUGCCUCGACACCGGAGAAGGAUGAUCCACGACAUGCCAAGGUGGAGGAAUGCCGGGAGGUCAUCGCCAGUGUUAUUCAGGACAUAUGUGCGAGUGUACCCAGUCAGCUACGAUAUUCCGUUGGGGAUAGGGAGAACACGGAGUCCUUUGCGAGCGGGUGGGUGUACUCGCUGGUGUGGCCGCUAUCUCGUGCAGCUGCCUCGGUACAUUGUCCGACGAGGUGGAAGGAUUUUAUUGAUGGUCAGAUGAGGAUCUUGCAGGAAAGGAUUGGGUUGGAUAUUACGGGGGCGCAGGCGGAAGAAUGGGUUCAUAUGUUUUUCCUUUUUUGA